UGCACGCGUACACGCCGCGACGCGAUAAUCGAUUAAAUAAUAAACACACAUAGCCGUAGAAUUCUUAUAUAACUUUACUUACUAUUCGGUGUGCCUCUCUUCAGUUCGCGAUGGAUUUGCGAAACCAGAAACUCGAACAGCAACGUCAGCUCAUGGAGCAGAAGAUGAAGCAGAAGAGACAAACUACUGGCAUGAUCCAGGCAUCUGAUAUUAGGAAUGCCAGUGCAAAAAGUAGAGCUACCAGUGCACAUCGCAAGGAAUUACAUGGUUAUGAUGGCCCCCUUCAAUAUUCAAUGACACAUGAUAAUAAUCCAGAUCAGGUUAUUUCGAUUGUUCCAACUAUUGAAUGCAUUGAAGGACAAAAUGCCAAUGACUUAACGCGGAGUUCUUCGGAGUUGAUGGACUUGGAAGAUGAAGAAUCAACGCCAAUCACGACUCCGGACAACGGCAAUGUUCCGAUCAAUCCUAUUAAUGACCAACCGCCGAUGAUACGCAAUGGCACAACGGAAUUCGAAGGAGAUGUUGAUGGAAACAUUGACCGGUUUGUCCUGCAGCCGGCGAUUCAGAAGGGUUUAUACAAAUGCCGCAUCACACGAGACAGAAAGGGCAUGGACCGUGGGCUGUAUCCGACUUAUUUCCUACAUUUAGAGAAGGAUUACGGAAAGAAAGUGUUUUUGUUGGCCGGAAGGAAACGAAAGAAGAGCGCGACAAGCAAUUACUUGAUUUCUACUGACCCCACUGACCUGUCCCGAAAUGCUGAUUCGUAUGUAGGAAAACUAAGGUCGAAUUUACUCGGCACGCAAUUUACUAUAUAUGAUAAUGGGAAAUCACCAAGACGGAUGGGCCCAGGCGGUGAUCAACACGUCCGGGAAGAACUGGCGGCUGUUAUCUACGACACAAAUGUUUUAGGAUUUAAAGGACCUCGCAAAAUGACGGUUAUUUUACCAGGUAUGACGACAGAUCACGAACGAGUACAACUUCAACCACACGAGACUGGCGAAGGUUUAAUCGACUGCUGGAAGUCGAAGAAUAUGGACAACCUCAUUGAGCUUCACAAUAAAACCCCCGUGUGGAAUGAUGAGACGCAAUCGUACGUUCUUAACUUCCACGGUCGCGUGACGCAGGCGUCAGUGAAGAAUUUCCAGAUCGUCCACGAUAGCGACAACGAUUACGUGGUGAUGCAAUUUGGUCGGGUUGCUGAGGAUGUCUUCACCAUGGAUUACAGGUAUCCGAUGUGCGCGCUGCAGGCGUUUGCCAUCGCGCUCUCCAGCUUUGAUAGUAAGUUGGCGUGCGAAUAGGUCCUCACUUUCAUCUAGCGCGGAGUAUACAAGGUUUUAUCGUUCCAUUUUAAUACGCGCGCACAUGUGCGAAAACAAAAACAUGAACACCGGUGCCUAUUGAUUAUACUCGGAUAGAUUUAUCGAUAUUCUACUGUCUGUGGUUUGAUAAAUGUACUUAAAUGUUUUUCUCUGUUUGUAUCGACUUUACAAAAGCGAAUCUCGGCUCUGCGCGCAGAAAAAACGCCGACACAUGAGGGUAUCGUAAAUUAUUCGAUUCUAGCUGCAUUAAGGGGGUAUAUACGGUUAGAAAGCAAACUUGUCAAUUUAUAGUAUUAAUUUCGAAUAUGUAAUCAGAAGAAUUCUAUUUUAUUUCAAAUAUUUUCACCUAUAUAACCCCUUUUUGCUGGUAAUGCUCGUACUAAUAUAUUAAUCAAACAUGUGUGUACUUAAAAAAAGACAUUCAAUGUGUACGCUGUAUUCGUACGGUUUACAAUCGCAUGCGGGAACCGCACGGCAUAUUUUAGCAGUUGGUUGCAUCGCGGUGCUCGCACAACAAGUUCAUCACAACUGAAUCGAUGAAUACCGCAGCACAUUCGUGAUAACCUGUUACAUGCACAAUUGCAUUGCGUCAUGUUCAUUCUCGGUAAUAAUUCGUAAAGUUUUGACUAUAAAUUUAUUUGUGUUUGCUGCGGUUCCGGCAUAUCGUCUCGCAACCAAAAAAUCACGUCUAUUAAGGGGUUACAUUCGUUUCAGUUAAUUAAACUAAGUGCGUUAUUAAAAGCAUUAAUUUCGAUAAAAAUUAGAUCGUGAAUAACAAAAAAUAAAAACAUCUCUUUUAGGUGUUGUUUUGUGCAGUAAACAUAUUUUUUAUUGAGAUGUAAAAUCGUGUCGAAACGACCUUCGCAAUAUCAUUGUAAAAGUAAAUACAGCACAUCGACUCCAUUGCAAUAAUAGUUUUUAUAAAAUCGCGAAUUAAUGUUUUAAAAUUUCAUUUUUUGCGAUUAUAACUGACGAUGCAAUGAAAUACCAGGAAUUGCUCUAAAUAUGUUCACCUAUGCGAAUAUAAAUAAUAUAGUAACAAAUAACCAUACAUAAUUGAAUUGUUUCACAAGGUUGUGAAAGUUUGAUUACGGAAAAUCGAUGUAACCCCGCAAAAACUUAACAAUAAUCUCAUUAUACUAAUAACUGUAUUAUACUAGCGUAGAGAUAUAAAUGUGUUGAUAUGUUCAAUGUAUCAAUGAAAAGCGAAGCUGUUGAGUACAGUGGUACAAACGAUGAUGGAAUUAAUCAAAUUUGGUUGCCUUGAUUAGCUUUUAAUGAAAUUUUAACUUCGCCAAAAAGAAAAAUUCAAAUACAAUGCGACGAAUUGAAGUUGAAACACGCAACCAUUGUUUAUGAAAACACAUCGCAUCGAUCAUUCUAGUCGUUAAUUAGUAGUAAAUAAUGCAGUAUAAUUAUUGAUUUAUAGUGUCAACAAAUUAGGUAAGCCUUAUUUUUAACUCGAACCGUGCGCUACAGCUGACGCGCACGAGAUACCAGUUAGUAUUAGAUCGCAUUUGUUUACUUAGGUUUUUUUUUCUACAAAGAGUACAAUAUUUUCAAAGACAACACGAUAUUUUGUGCGGUAAACUGCGCAAGCUAACAAAAAUCAAUUAUUAAUAUAUGCCUUAUAGGAUGAACUGUGUUGAAUUGAAAUAUUUAUUGUAAAAACAAAGAUUAUAUUGUGACGAUGUGUUCCAACUAUCUCAAAAUCAAUCAGUAUUGCGUUUACUUGUAAGUGGUAGUAAGCAACACUAACACCAAGUACACGAAGUUGAAUUGGUACGUUUUAUGUAUGAUAUUGUUCUCGAAUAAGCGAUUGUGCCUUAGUUUUAUCGCAUUCUAGUUACAAAAGACGCAAUUAGUAGCCAUUUUAUUGAAUACGACAAACUAAACAAACAAAUUGAGCGGAAAACUGGAGAGUAUUUUUCUAUGUGUGCUCAUGUUGCACGUUAAUCAUAAGCACAAUAAUUUUACGUAGCGGCAAACUGAAAACUCGGAAACUGAUUCAAAAUCAAAACUCAAUUAUGUGCGCAAAAGAUAAAUGUGAUUAAAUGUUCCGUCGCCGAUCGGUUUUUAAAAAUGAAUGUUGUAUUCUUAUUGUAAGUGUCUUAUCUCAUUAUACAGAAAUACAUGUCAA